ACUUGUGACAAACCGGAAGUUGAGCAUUUUCUAGCGAAAAACUAAACAUUCGGAACUGUGCGUUGCAGUUUGGACUAAAAAAGCACGGGUCCUGGGGUGGCUCCGUAAAUUAUAUUGCAUUAGCCGACAGUUGUACCCGGGCUCUAACAGGAUGCUGAAUGCCGCCGCUGCGGAAAGAAACAAGGAGCCCAUCCUGGUGGUGUUGCGGGACUGCGUGAACACUGACAGGCGGCUACAAGCACUUGAAAUCUCCUCCGGUACUGGACAGCAUGUUAUACAUUUCGCUGGGGCUCUACAGAACAUUACUUGGCAGCCAUCAGAGUACGACGAGCGGUCUUUAAGCAGUAUAGAAGCCUACAGAGCUCACUACCAGCUGAACAAUGUGAAGCCUGCCAUCCACCUGGAUGCUUCUCUGAGUCAUGACCACUGGGGAGGGAUCCAACCAGAGAGCCUCGAUCUAGUCCUAAACAUUAACAUGAUCCACAUCUCUCCUAUGGCUUGUACAGAGGGUUUAUUCAAAGGAGCUGGAGUAGUGUUGAAACCGCAAGGUCAACUGUUGACAUAUGGACCUUAUGCAGUGAAUGGCAGCAUCACACCACAAAGCAAUGUUGAUUUUGACUUAAGUCUACGGCAGAGGAACCCAGAGUGGGGCCUCAGGGAUAUUUCCCUCCUUAAGUCGUUGGCAGAAAUGCAUGGUUUAUUUCUAGAGAAAAUUGUGGACAUGCCAGCCAACAACAAAUGUCUCCUGUUCAGGAAGGAAAGUUUGGUGUGAUGUGCCCUGCUCGUAUGCUGAACAGAUAACAGCAAGCGCCUUAAAUGAACUUUUGGCUCAGACAUGUUGCCAAAUAAAUUUGACAUGAACAAUAAACAGCCAGAAUGAUUGUAUCAUACUAUAUAUCCUUAGUACAAAAUAUCCCUGAUUGAACAUCUGAAUAAAAGGAACUUGGAGCUUACCUUAA